ACGUCAUGAUGGUGGUGGUGGUGGAGGGGAGGAGGAAGCUGAAGGCGGAGACGGGGGAGUAGGGGGAUCCGGCUUCGUGCAGGAGCAGCUGCUGCUGACAGACAGAGACAGCAGGAGGGCUUCUCGUGCCGUGCAGCAACAGAAGCAGCAGCAGCAGCUCAACCAUCGCUCUUCUUCCAUAAACAAGGAACACGUCUUCCACGACGACAUGACCGAGUCCCUGGUGGUGUGCGAGGUUGACCAAGGCUUGAAAGACAAGUUGAAGAAAUUUCGCUUCCGCAAAGAGACCACCAAUGCGGCCAUUAUAAUGCAUAAACAAAGAGCCUGUUUUACAGUGAAGAUUGACAAGGACCGCCAAGUAGUGGUGAUGGAGGAAGAGUACGAGGACAUAUCUCCGGAGGACCUCAAGGAAGAGUUGCCAGAAAGGCAGCCCAGAUUCAUCCUGUACAGCUACAAAUACCACCACACGGAUGGACGGAUAUCCUACCCACUGUGUUUCAUUUUCUGCAGUCCCCUGGGCUGCAAGCCCGAGCAGCAGAUGAUGUACGCUGGCAGCAAGAACACGCUGGUGCAAACAGCCGAGCUCACCAAGGUGUUUGAGAUCCGCAGUGUGGAGGAGCUCACAGAAGAGUGGCUUCAAGACAAACUCAAGUUUUUCCGCUAAACACGGAUGAGGUACUACGAUGAGGGUUGCCACCUGUCCUUGUUUUCCCAGGAGUGUCCUCUUUUUCACGGAGUUGUCCUGUGAAAUCUCGAAGUGUUCCUGGAACAUUAAAAGUCCCAGUUAUUGUCAAUCGAAUAAUAAUAAUACACCACUCAAGAUAAUGCAUGGACAUCUAGUUCUCUCUUCUGGCAUAAUGAUAUAUUCUUAUUCCUCUCAUGAUAUGCCCUUGGUUUUUCAUAGCUCAGAGGUGGCGAGCACAAUUAACUGCCCAUGUGGGAUCAAGAGUGGUACAAUGAGAAAUCCCUCAGUAUACCCUGCCAGUUUUGGCCUAUUAAAAAACGCCCAUUGUUUUUUUAAAUAUAUAAAACCCUUUCAAUGCCGACAACAUGUGCUUAUUUAUAAAUAGUUUGCAAUAAGAACGUGAUUCCUUGCUUUGAUAGCCACAUCCUCGGAAAGUAGGUUCCUGAUUCAGGGUAAAUGGACAUGAUUGUCACCUUUUCAGAAAGUAUAGCAAUGCAUUGGAGGCUGUAUAUUAAAUGCACUGACAUGAUUUAAGAAAUGCCUGUUUACUUCAUGGCAUGUACACAGAUGCAUUUUUACAAAAUUUCGCGAUAAAUGGAGAUCCUUAGGAGUUUGUUUUACAGUUAAUGAAAGGUGACAUCAGGGAACACCAUGGGAACUAACAUAGCCUAUAGCCAUACACGUUAACGGUAGCAUAAAUCGGUAUUUUAUGCAAACAUAAUGACAGUACUCUACUGUGCUAAGUCGUAUGCCAAUGUAGUACUCGUUUUAUCGCUAUGCAUGAGGAAACCUUUUUAAGUGCAGUUGUGAAUGUUUGGUAAAUGCAAUACAGCAUGGUAUUUUUUUUUUACCAACAUGUUUCUACCUCAAAUUAUAAGGCAACAUUCUCAAAUUCAGCCUUACUUGACACACUCGUCUUGCACCAGUGGCUUUCAGAAGCAAGUCCUCCAGGCGACCAGAGUUGUAAUGAAAACAUUGCAAUGAGAGAUCAAUGCGAGAGCUUUUGAUAUAUUUUUUUUUUAAAUGUAGUGGAAUGAGGAAGAGAUUCGGAAGUAAUUUUAAGCGAUACUUUUAUUCGGCAGUAUCCCUGCUGGUUAUACACGAGCGUUUGUUUUCCUUACAUGACAGGGAAAAUGUCUGGCGUAUAUUAAAUACAAUAUUGUCAAAGAUUUUUUUUUAAAGUUGAAAAGCUAUACUAAUAAUGCUUUAUAUUCUCUCUUGUAACCAUCUUGGGAAAUAGGUUUAAAGUUUUGCUCUGUAUUACAAUACAAAGCACUGUUUUACUGCUUUGUAUUGUAUUUCUGAAAAUGAUUUUGAUAUUUUAUUAUUUACUUUUGAAUGACGUGCUUUGGUAUGUUUCGAAAGGACAUUUUACGUGUGUUUUGGAAAUAGAUCUAAAGUGUUGUUCUGUGUUACUGUUAUGCAAUACAAUACAACAUUACAGUACUUUCAUGAUUUGUUUACGGUACUUACCAUCCAAAGGUGUCUAAACAUCUCCCCACAAUAUAUUAGUCAUGCACUGUUACAAUGCUGUGUCUACGAGCUUCAUGUAAUACGUGUAAUUUCUUCACAAUUUUCGGAUUAAAAUUUUUAUAUUGUAUGGAAUAAAACUUGCAUUGUAAAAAGUAGCUAGGCAGUGUGGUGUCAACUUUUACAUACACCACUGCCCAGCAGCAGAAAAUAAAGUAAUUUUACUUAUCAGGGACACCAUUCCUUUGUGACAAUUUACCCACCUAUUUGUGAUCAGUCCUCAUGUCUGCUAAAUUGUUAUUUUGCCAGGAGUGUCAUGACUGCAUGUGUGUAAGACAUUUGCCCAUGCUCAAAUGUACACCCAUUGGAACGAUUCUGGCCUCAAGGUUGAGAUCAAUAAUGGGUUUGUGGAACCUAUAAAAAAAUAAUAAAUUGAAAUGGGAUGGUGACUACCAUUGAUAAUAUCAGCUGUGGCCAUGCACUUAUCACAGAGCAUAAUGGUGUUGCUACCUCCAGGCCAUUGCACUUUUAAUUUAGAAAUACAGUUGUCAAACAAGGGUAUAGGUAUAUACGAGAUGAAUGUUUUUGAUGUGUACAGUGUUGCUGUUAAUUAUCACUUGUCAUAGUUAAACUUACUGGAAAAUGUUUGGAUAUGACAAGUUUGGUCAGGUCGUUAAAUUAAUACUGCAGGGAAUAAGUUCGUUGCUAAAUGUAAAUUGUUUUAUAGGCCAAGUGGAGGGUAUUAACUCAAUGUGUGUAUGACCCUUUUUUCUGCUGUUGCUGCUGCUGAAAGUUUUUUUUUACUUAUGCUUAAAACCUGAUUAAUUUUUAACAAGGCCCUCUAGCAAAAUUAUUUACUGCAUUAAGCAGUUAAUCAUACUUUUGACGUUUUGUUUAGUUUCCACAUGCAUAUGUCCUUAUUGUUUCAUUGAAUUCUCAUCUCAUUUGUUUUCAUGUUAUACAAUUACUUGUAAGGGUCAUGAUCCUGAAAUAUUUCCUUAUUUUUAAAAUAACGUUUUAAAAUAAUUGUUUUUUUUAAUGGCAUAUCUUACAUAAAAAUGUACAAUAUAUUAAUUAAGUGGUUACCGUUUUAGUGUGCUUUUGUAACAAAUAUCUGAAGCAUGAUUACACAAAUACAUUGCAUAAAGGGU